UGGGCUUGAGAAAUUAGAGUUGUGCCAAUUUUAGAACAAUAUAAAAUAUUUUUAAUAUAAAUUACGUAAACCACAUUACAAAAUUAAGAGAAAAAGGCAAGGGAAGAAUUUUACCCUCUCCACUAUAGCAUAACUACGUAUCUGUGAAGUGCUAUUUUUCAAGAAGUGGUGAAUCUGAUUUUAAUUCCAGUAAAAUUUCCAUGCACCAAAAAUGAGAGGUCUACAUGCUUUUUGUUUUAUUGAACUCCAAGAAAAUAUAAAGGUCAUUCAUACUUCUUAUUUGAUUCAUGCCUGCUACCUGCUUCUUGCAAACAGGUUGCCCAGUGAGUGAGACCAAAUCCUCACUCUGGAUGGGUAGUUAGGAUUCCUUUUUUCUCCCUUGUUUAUGUAUCAGUGUGUUAGUCACCAUAUUCUUGCUAAGACUAUAAACCUUUGAAAAUGGUUAAAUGAUUGGCUUUUAACUAUAAAUGAAUAAAGAUGAAGUUGAAGCUGUGAUGACAAAGCCAGGUGUUUAUGAAACUUGAAUAAUGUGUGGCAAAAACAUGUUUGUAUAACAAUGUUACUUAACAUGUAACAAACCUAAAUCUAAACUUUUACUUAUAGAUUUCACAUGUUAUUAAACAAAACCAACUUUAUACUAUACUUUUUAAGUACUAAUAAAACUAAAAAACAGAAAAAUCAAGUGAGCAUUCUUUUAAUACUGGAUGGUGUAGUUCAGCUGAAAUUUACUUGCUUUUCCAAACAAGGUUCUGAUACUGACUGCUGCAGUAAGGUUCUUUUGAGUUUGUUAUUCUUACCAUGUGCUUAGUGAUAAAACUUUGCUGCUACUUUUUCUCUACUUGAACUGACCUUUACAUAAGGCACCUUGGUCUCCAAAUGGUCGGACUAUCAUUUUUGUAAUAAUAACAAAUAGUUAACAUUUACUGAGUACAGGCUAUUAAGCAAACACUGUUUUAAAUGCUCUGCUUGAAUUUUUUCAUUUAACACAACAAAUCUAUGAUGGAGGUACUGUUUUUAGCUCCACUUUACAGAUGGAGAAAUUGAGGCAGAGAGAGAUUAAUUUGUCUAAUGUCACAAAGCUAGCAGGUGGUGAAGCCAGACUAAGGAGUGUGACUCCAUGCUCUUAACCACUUGAUUAUACUGUCACCUUGUGAACUAUCAGCCCACCUUUAUUAAAAUUUGACAGUUGAACUAAUAUUUUGGCAACAAUGAAAUCAUAAAGUCAUAAAUGCCAAAAAUACCAAAAUCACAUAGCAACACCCAGAUGGACAUCAUUGUGCUCAUACAUGCUUCUUGUCAUGGAAAUGAAAACACAGAUUUAAAAAAUUCUUGCAGAUAAUUCAUGGUGUCCUAAGAUUGUAAACACAGUGAGAAACAUUGAUUUGGAAGUCCCAAGGAAGAAUUUAAAACAAAUGUUGAAACAUAAGACUUUUAUUGUAGAAGGCUCAUUCAGUCAUUCAUUCAAGCCUUUAUGUACGUGAUGGUAUUUAUUGGACUACCAACUGCUCUUAAAGGAAGUAAGUUUGACAUUAUAGAAGGAGAAACAUUUACAAAGUAGAAUUACUUUUUGACAGUAAAAGUGGGUAAGGAUGUGGCUUACCAAAGGAGGCCACGGAGUGUCCAUUAUUUUAUGCCUGCCAUUGUUCACCUGAUGUGUAAAUGAUUUGGAUACUCUUCUUAGAGAUGAUGAGGAUGAGACACUGUCUUGUAUAAUAUAGAUAUACGAAGAAGGGAAUAUGCAUAUGAAGAAAGCUAAAAAUAGAAUCAGAAAAUGAGAAAUCAGAGUACAGGGAGUAUAGCAGGUAAAUAUGGUUACUUCAGCUAAAUAGUAAAACGAGCUAUGAACUUCCCGGCAACCAUGGCAAAAAGGUAAAUACGGUGACUUUCUGUACUUUUCAAUGUCUGCAGGAGAGAAGCAUACCAGGUCCUAGUUUUGCAAGCUAAGAUGAAUUUGCAUUAAGGACACUCUGAUAGUGACCUUGGAUAAGCUCUUACCUUUCUCUUAGUUCUCUUUUCUUUUACAUAGCGAUGCAUCACAUAUCUUCUGUGAUAUGUAAUAUACUGCCCGGACCCCUCCUCCAGGAAUGAGACACUGGUGCAUCUCCACCAGCUGCCUGGAGCACUGAUUGGUGAUGGCUUCUGGUUGGAUUUCUCCCAGGACUUUCCCGUUGCCCAAGGUUAGGCUCCCUCUCCAGUGGCAUCCAGGACCCAGUGAUUGGUCAGUGCUGAAAUACAAAGGUACAGCCUCCUUGCCUCAAUCCAGGGCAACUCUGAAGGGUCAUCCAGGUUCCAUACUUCACUUUAGGAUUAACCGAGGCCUCUGCUGCAACCGUGAGUUACUUCAACUCGUCUCUCUACCCCAUCCUGCUCCUCGUUUGCUCACAAGUGCUGUUCUGAAGAGCCCUCCGCUCUAAGCCUCCUGCACGGUCUCCUCAGUGUCUGUUUCCUGGGACCCUCUCUUUUAGCCUUAUUGUAAAAAUUAGAAAUAAUAAGUGUAAACUGCUUACCCCAAAUCUCAGCACAUGGUAGGCACUGAGAAAAUGGUAGUUAUGGUUUACUUUCAUUGCAUGGGACAUUGAGCCACCUGUGGAAAUGUUUUGAUUUUUGUAGAAGGUACAGACAUUUUUUCAUACGGUGAUUGCUUUUAGCAGUCCUCAUAAAGGUAAGAGUAAAAUAUAAAAAUGCUACUAAAUGAGCUAUAAAAAGUGUUAUGAUUACCUGAAUUUCUUUCUAACAACUUCCUAAAUAAGUUCAGGUUGCCCAAGGACAGGCGCCUAAACUUAAAACAGGCUUAUUUUCAGAUUUUUCAUAGAAAGUUUAUAUGUCAGGAUGUGAAGAUGUAUUCUUUUCAUGCAUUUAUGACCUAUAGUUUAUACCAUGUAAAUGCAAAAAAAAAUUUUUUUAAACCCUUUUAAAGUAAGUUAAUAUUUACCAGGUUUUAACAGUCGACUGAAUCUUGACUUAAUGCUUGUACCCAGAUAUCUUGAUGGAGGAUUUCUAAUAACCUUACUUUUUAGAUGAUUUUAUCUUAGAUGUCCAAAUUACUUUUUUUUAUAACCAAAUACAUAAAACUUACUAAUGGGAAAAAAUCUGUAUUGUAAGUUAUCUUUGCAUCAUAGAUGGUAGUUUUUAGUAACAAAAUAACUACAAAACAGAGAAUCACAUGGUCACCAUAUGAAAGGAAUCAAGUGACCUGUUUCAGGGGUGAGCCUGCUCUGCAUAAACAUUGGUCUCAUGAGUAUAAGAAAGUACCUUUGUGUUUGGGAAGCCAUACAAUAUUGUAAUGAUAAAGGUCCGUGAGGAUUUUUGGAAUGUGUGUGUAUGUGUGCACGUGUAACGCCUAACCUUUAGACACCGCUGAUUACAGAACAGUCAUUGCGUGAUGCACGGUGUUUGUAUGGCAGGACUUUAAAGAUGAAUGGCUGUCACUGCUGUCCUAGAUAUAUUUUAGGUAAUUCUCUUGAGUGUGUUUUCUAGUUCUCACAUACUAAUAAAAGUUACCAUUUUAAUAUCAUCCGAAUACUACUUCUAGGUGGUGCCGUGGGAUGGGAAGUACUGAGAAAAGAUUCAACAGAGAUGCUAAUGUAGCAACGUCAGAGCUGGUUCGAUGCCCAGAACUGAAUGCUGUGCUCCAGCUGUGGCCUCACCGGUGCUGAAUAGAGAGGAAGAGCCACCUUCAUAGCUUACAUGAGCUGGAGUCAGAUGGCAGCACUAUGGAGGAGUAUUCACAGGAGGACUGGGGAAACCACAGUCAGGAUCUCCACGGCUAUCCAACAGAUCAGGAAUUGGAUGAAAUACCUGUCACAAAGAGAACAUUAAAAAUAAAACAAGAGUCUUCUGAAGAAGCACAGAAAAGAGACAUCAUGCAGAAUAUCAUACAGAUUUUGGAAUCAGUACAGUUGAAAUGGGAACUGUUUCAGAGCUGGACAGACUUUUCAAGGCUUCAUCUCUCUAAUAAACUGGCCAUUUUUGGAAUUGGUUAUAACACCCGUUGGAAAGAGGAUAUCCGUUACCAUUAUGCUGAGAUCAGCUCCCAGGUGCCCCUUGGCAAGCGACUCCGGGAGUACUUCAAUUCUGAGAAGCCUGAGGGACGGAUCAUCAUGACCCGAGUGCAGAAAAUGAACUGGAAAAACGUUUACUACAAGUUUUUGGAGAUCACUAUUAGUGAAGCGCGGUGCCUGGAGCUGCACAUGGAAGUUGACUGGAUACCCAUUGCCCACUCCAAACCAACCGGUGGGAACGUUGUUCAGUAUUUAUUGCCGGGAGGCAUUCCCAAAAGCCCAGGCCUUUAUGCCAUUGGCUACGAAGAGUGUAUUGAGAGGCCCCCCUCACCCCAUAUGGAGCGACAUUCCCUGGACCCAGGAAAGGAGGGCCGGGUUGACUUGGAAACCCUUUCAGCACAAGCCUCACUACAGGUGGAAAUAGAACCUACCCGAAUUAUCUAUUGCUACCUCGGGAUCGCUGAGGUCAGGACUCUGCAGCAAUGCUUAUUUUUACAUUUCCAAGCAAAUACCAAAACCUUCAGCAAAGAUUGGGUCGGUAUUAAUGGGUUCUUGUCUCAGAACUGUAUUGUGGAUCCUGGCGUUUCCCCCAAAUCCAUCUAUAUCAAAUUUGUAGAAGUAGAGAGGGAUUUUCUUUCCGCUGGCUCUUUAGUUGAGUGCCUGGAAAAAGCCAUUGGCUACCCCUUAAAAUUUAACAACUGAAUGUCAUCCUUCAUAAGGAUUUGGGCUCUUACCUCUCUCCUCUCUACUCACAUCCUGUUACCCAGACUGUCCCUCAUCCGGAUGCUGCCAUCAGACUUCAUGGAAACUCUUUCCACGAUCGGGCCAGUACAACUAAGAAAUCAUAGUAGACUUUGGGCAGAAAAAACAGACCUCACCUGAAAAUGCUCAUUUUGAGCCAGCAAGCUAUACAGCGGACUUGCAUGGUGGGUCAGUUGUUUCUUUUUUAAAAACAAAAAUCAAUUUUUAAAUGGAUUUUAGAGCCCUGAUGUAAACAAAUGUAGGUACAUUCCAUAUUGGACAAAACUUAUACUUUGAGUUUCAUAUGAAAUUGAAAAAUUGUAUUUUUUUCACGAUGUUUCAUUUUUACACAUCUCUAUGUCUCUAUAUAAGUAUUAUUUACAACCUUGAAUAAAUAAGCAAUAGAUAAUGGCAAGUUAAAUCUUGAGUCACAGUAAAUAAGACUGUUUUUCAAUAUUACCCUUAGCUACUAUUGUAUAUAAUUUAGAGUUUCAUUUUUUUCACCAAUCAAGUGUUUUGCUAUUCCCAAUCAGUGUUGCCUGCAAAGACCUUUGUUUCUGUGAUGUACCAACUUUAUGGUUGUGCUGCCAUUUAAACUUUUUUUAAAAAAAUCAUUAAAGUAAUUCCUGGCC